AUGAAACCAGAUCUUUCAAUUGGAAAAGAGGAAAAAGGUGAUGUGCAAAUCUUCACAUCUGGCCAUAUGCCUCAACCAACACCAAGUGAUGCCCCUAAAAAGAAUGGAACAAAAUAUGUUUGUGUGGCUGUUACUGUUGUCUUAGUUGUUGGCAUGGUGAUAGGAGGAUUCUUUGGAGCAUCUUAUAUAAUGCAUCACACAACAUUGAAGACAAUUGAAACAACCAUGAAUGCUGCAGGCAGACACAUAAAAGAGAAGAUCCAGAUUGAUGAGGAUAAAGAGACCACCACAUUGGAGGGAAUUGAUGAUCAAACUCAAUAUAUGCUCAUCAUGGACUACAAACAUGGCUUAAGUAUUAGCAGAAUUUGGAUGAAUGGGAGUGAGCCCCGCUGUUUUGUAGCACACUUAGACAAGGAUGGAUUUCCAACCAUCCAAGAGAUGGCAAAAUAUCUGGAGAAACAACCAGCAAACCCAGAAUUUGAGAGCAGUUUUGAUCCUACAAGACAGAGCUUCUCUGUCGAUAUUGAUCCAAUAGAAGACAUCAGUUUCCUUGGAGAUGAGGUGGAAGCCAUGUGCAAGGGCCUGCAAGCAUACUGGGCCCUCCCUAGCAACCCAUCAAAACAAGGGAAGGCUCCAAUGCGGCAGAAGCGGGAUGACAAUGAUGAAGAAGACAUGUUUUAUCCGAACGUCACUAGAGAUUGCCCCUUGCCAGAGUAUGGAUUCCUCAGUUGUAACCAGGAUACAGAAGAAACAUGCACUUAUACGUGUUGCGAGUAUUAUUAUUGCGAAUUAUUUUAUUUUCUUGAUGAAGACAAACUGAGACUGGAGAUAUUUGAAUGGUGUUUUAUUUGGGACUGCACUAAACAAGUGGAAAAAGAAAUGUGUGACUGUGUCUAUGAUUAUCAGUACUCGUAUUUUGAAGCUGUUGAAGAUGACAAAUAACACGACAAGUAUAUUGUUUGCAACUUUUGACAAAUUGACUAUUCAGAGCAAAACAGGCAAACAAUGUAAACGGCCAUUUAAGAAUGAAUGCAUGAUUAAAAUUUGAUUUUGUAAAACAAAAAUAUCAAAUCUACCCUGUUCUAAUACCAUACAAAUAAGAUACUCUGAGUACAGUAAUUUAUGAUAGUGGGUUCCAAUCAGAAUCUUCUUAUUUAUAGACAUCCUUAUGCAAAAUCAUUUUUAGACCCUCUUACAUAGGUUUCCAUGGGUGGAAAACUUAUAUUCACAAAAACUUUCAGAAUGAAAAAAAGUUUCAUUAUUGUAUAACUUACAAAAAUGAAUAUUUCUGGAAGUUCUUAUCAUUUUUGUUUAUGAGGCGUUUAUACCUUAUAUCUCAUGUUUUGUGAACUGUUAUACCUUCUGCUAUAGAAUAUCUUAAAUGAGGCUUUUACAUCUUAUCUUGAUAUACCCCACUGAUGAAGUGACCUCAUUUGAAUGGUAUAGAGAUCACCUAUGAUUUAAAAUUUUGCAAAUAUGAAAGUUUCAUUUUAUAUGUGUUUUUGUAUUUUAAAUCCAUAUGUUUUAAAACAUGCUUAUAUAGUACUAAAUAUCCAAGAUUUGAAUAGUGAAACUCAGACAUCUUUUAGACAUAUGAAAUUUUAGAUUUUAUAAACUGCGAAGAAAACUUGGCAUAUACUCAAAAAGUAUUCACAUAUUUUACAUAUUGUAUUUUUGAAUUUAUCACACUGUUUUCAAACGGUUUACCCUUCACCCUCUGUUGCCUAUCCAUUGACAUCUCCAUGACAACAAUGUCAUAAAGUACACAUAUGGUGCACAACAAAUUGCAUUUUGUCAUUUUAAUAUUCCUAUGAACCGAGGGUAGUAUCCAAAAGUGUGUAUGAAACUAAAAUGUUAUUUGUGAAGAACUUAAUAAAUGUAGAUUAAUUGAAUGA